AUGAACCGCCUGUUCGGCGCCAAGAGCAACGCGCCUAAGCCAACCCUCAACAGCGCCAUCUCCAAUAUUGACACGCGCAUAGAAAGCCUCGAUGUCAAGCUCGCCAAACUCAAUGCUGAGCUGGGCACCUACCAGCAGAAGCUCGCCAAGAUGCGCGACGGCCCGGGCAAGACGGCCAUCAAGCAAAAGGCGCUCAAGGUCCUGCAGCAGCGCAAGCAGUACGAGGCCCAGCGCGACCAGCUGCAGGCCCAGUCGUGGAACAUGGAGCAGGCCGGCAUGAUGCAGGACAACCUCAAGAACAACAUGACCACCAUCGACGCCAUGAAGACGACGACCAAGGAGCUGAAGAAGCAGUACGGCAAGAUCAACAUCGACCAGAUCGACAAGAUCCAGGACGAGAUGGCCGACCUCUUGGAUAUGGGCAACGAAAUACAAGACGCUAUAAGCCGCAGCUACGACGUGCCCGAAGACGUGGAUGAGUCGGAGCUAGAUGCCGAGCUGGAGGCUCUGGGCGACGAGGUCGAGUUUGAGGGCAUUGGAGAGUCAUCGGGCGUGCCCAACUUUAUGCUCGACGAUGCCGCACCACCUCAGUUCAUCGAUGAGGCACCCGUUGCGGGUGGCAAGGUCAAGGAGGCUGCAGGCUGA